CACAGGCAUACUAUGGCAGAGCAUGGAGCACAUCUCACUUCUUUUGGAUCUGAAGAUGCACAGAGACCUAGUGUAUUUGAAGUUUUAGCACAGCAAAGUUUAAUGUCCACUGUGCGGCCAGCAUUUCUGCAUGCAGUUAAAGUAUUUGCAGAAAAGUAUCCAGCUUAUCUUGGAAAAUUAUACCAGUACUAUGAUGAAAUUUUCCUGCUGUUUGAUAUAAUUGUACAGUCUCACUACCUAAAGAGAUAUGGAGGAUCAUUUGCUGAAAAUUUUUAUGAUCUGAAACGUGUGCCCAGCCUCAACACAGAAAGUUCAAGUCUGACACCCAAACAACUAGGGCGCUCAGUUGCUUGUUUGGUAUUUAUUCCAUAUCUUCGUCAAAAACUGGACAACCUGUUUGAAGAGCUACGGUAUAGAAAUGGAACAGACAGAGGAAUAUUCUCAUUUCUUAAGAAAAACCUAACAAUCAAACAACGGCUAGUUUAUUUAUAUUUAGCUUUUUACCCCUAUAUCCACUCUGCCUGGGAAUGUUUAUCACUCGCUUACAUGCUGUCGUAUAUGCUAAGGAAAGGUCGGUGGCAUAGUCCCAGCAUGCAUCUUUCUGGGACAGUUCUACAGCGGCUUGAACCUACAGAAGAAUCUUCUGGCAUUUUUUCAGCUAAGCCAGCUUGGUCAGAGUUGAGCCCUACAGGUAAAUUUUAUCGAGUUAUGAAGUUGGGUAUGAGCACCACAGCAGUGUGUCUUUCAACAAGUCUGUCGGUGGGCGUGUUCUUUCUCCAGUUUUUAGAUUGGUGGUAUGCUACAGACAGCAGCGCUCCCUCACUUACUGCUUUGCCUAUUCCGGAGCCACCAGAGCAGGCUAAACUAAAAGGUGUAGAUCCAUCAACAUGUCCCUUGUGUAUGUGUUUGAGAACUAACAGCACUGCAUUAACUGUCUCAGGAUUUGUUUUUUGUUAUCCCUGCAUUAGUGACCACCUCCGUCAAAAUAAAUUCUGCCCCAUUACUGGUUACCCUGCCACAAGUGAAAAUUUGGUGAAAAUUUAUGAGCAAGAUAUUUAGAGAAAUAUUUGUUAAAGAAACAUUCCAUUUGAUGAGACUAAUCUACAAAUAUGAAAGAAAGCAUGUUAAUAGGACUUCACUGCUUGAUGCU